AUGGACGAUCCCGGAGGCCGUGUCCCAGGGCCACACCGUGUCUGUCUUGGUAUCUGGUACCCAGUAGUGGAAUGCCUUCACCGGUGGAAGAGGAAAGUAGAAAAACAGAGAUCUGAAGCCAAAGACAGAAAAGUUCUAGAAAUUCUACAAGUCAAGGAUUCUAAAAUACAGGAAAUGGAACAGAGAGAAUCAGUACUAAAACGGGAAAUAAAUGACCUUGUAAAACAGAAGAUUGUGUUCGAUGAAGAAAAUGCUUUCUUGAGGAAAGAAUUCAGUGACUUGCAAAAGAAAUUUAAAGAUAAAAGUCAAGAAGUUAAGGACACUAAGGAGUGUGUACAGAAUAAAGAGGAGCAAAGCAGACUGGUUAUAAAAAAUCUGGAGGAGCAAAAUGAGAAAUUAAGUACCUACUGCGCUGACCUGCUAAAUGACCUGGAGAAACUGAGGAAGCAGGAGGCACUUUGGAGAAAAGAAAAGCAGACCAUUGAUACAAAAAUAAAGGCUUUUGAAAAUGAAUUAAUUGAAGCCAAGAAAGAAAUUGAAGUAUCACAGAGUAAAUAUAAUGCUCUAUCUUUACAACUGGAUAAUAAACAGACUGAACUUCUCCAAAAGGACAUGGAUAUUACCCUGGUCCGGAAAGAAUUGCAGGAGUUACAGAACCUAUACAAACAGAACAGUGAACAUACAGCACAGCAAGCUGAGCUGAUCCAGCAACUUCAGGUUCUCAAUAUGGACACACAAAAAGUACUGAAAAAUCAGGAAGACAUUCACACAGCUGAAAGUAUAUCACAUCAAAAACUUUAUAAUGAGUUACAUAUUUGUUUGGAAACCACAAAAUCAAAUGAAGCUGUGCUCCGACAAAGUGUUGUUAAUCUUCAGGAUCAGCUAUUUCAAAAAGAACAAGAAAAUGCAAAAUUAAAAGAAAAACUUCAGGAGUCACAAGGAACACUCUAUACAUUAUCUCAGCAAACUAAUUCAAACCACUCAAUACAGGUGUCUGAACAGCCAUCACUAACAAGCUUAGAAACACUAAUGGUCUCACAAAAGUCUGAAAUUGAGUAUUUGCAAGAGAAACUGAAAAUUGCAAGUCAAAAGCUAUCUGAGAAUAACUGUACCAACGUUUUUCCAGAGAAGAGCAUUAUAAGUACUGAAGGAAAACAGAAGGAACCACCUGUGAAACAUUCAAGGUCUUUGUCCCCAAAGAGCUCUUUCUUAGACUCUGAGGAGCUAAGGAAGCUGAGCAUGGCUGAAAGAAAAAUUGAAAACUUAGAGAAGAUACUACAGCUAAAGUGCCAAGAAAAUGAUGAGCUAAGAGAUGCCCAUGAAAAACGCAAAGAAAGGCUACAGAUGUUACAGACCAACUACAGAGCAGUAAAAGAGCAAUUAAAACAGUGGGAAGAAGGCAGUGGCAUGACUGAAAUCAGAAAAAUAAAGAGAGCUGAUCCCCAACAACUUCGACAAGAAGAUUCUGAUGCUGUAUGGAAUGAGCUGGCAUAUUUCAAAAGGGAAAACCAGGAGCUAAUGAUUCAAAAGUUAAAUCUUCAAGAAGAAUUGGAUGAACUUAAAGUACAUAUGUCUAUUGAUAAAGCAACAAUACAAGAAUUGAAUAGACGUAUAGCUGAGAAAAGAGAAGAACAACUGUAUAGAUACCAUGAAGAUGAUGAGGUCAACAAGAGUACUCCAGAGAAGAAUGAGAAAGAAAUGUCGGAGCAGACAUUACAGAAGAUCAUUGAAUUGGAAAAUCGGCUAAAAUCUUUUGAGAAAAAGUCAAGAAAAUUAAAAGAAGGAAAUAAAAAAUUAAUGAAAGAAAAUGAUUUCCUGAAAUCUCACUUAAAACAACAUCAAGAAGAUGCAGAAAGUAGAGAAAAAGAGCUAGAAUUGCUACUAAAGGGGAGUAAAGAUGUAGAAAAAGACAAAACUGAACUUCAAGUAAAAAUCAAUGAGCUGGAGAGAGAAGUCACUUCCCUAAGGAGACAAGUGGCAGAAGCUAACAUGUUGAGAAAUGAAGAGCUGGUGAAUCCAGUGGAGAAAUCUCACAAUUCAACAGACAGAGCUAAAUCAGAAAUGACCACUAUGGAACUGAGAUCUGGACAGUGUGAUUGUAAGACAACCACUACCAAGGUUAAAUUUAAAGCAGCAAAGAAAAAGUGCUCUGUGGGUCGUCCACAUACUGUUCUCAAUCACUCCAUCAAGGUUAUGAGCAAUAUGUUUGAGAACCUCAGCAAGGACGGCUGGGAGGAUAUGAGUGAAAGCAGCAGCGAUUCAGAAACACAGACCUCUCAAAAUUUGGGAACAAUUAUUGUGGAAACAUCACAGAAAAUAGGCCCUGCAGGAAAUGGAAGAGACCAGAAAGAAGGUGAUCAAACAGAAGACAUCCCAACUCAAGGAAAUGAAGUAAUACAAGCAUAUUCAAAUGUAGAUGAUAAGCCCUCAAAGGUACAUGAAAUCGUUUUGCUUAAUUUUAACAGAGAUAAGUCUAAAAAUAUUACUGCCCAGAAAUCAAGUAGCAGUUUAAUCUUUUUACGAGAACGGAUUAUAUCCUUGCAACAACAAAACAAUGUACUUCAGAAUGCCAAAAAAGCAGCAGAAUUGUCUGUGAAAGAAUACAAAGAAGUCAAUGAAAAGCUCCUCCAUCAACAGCAAAUAUCUGAUCAACGAUUUCAAACAAGCAGACAGACAAUAAAGAAACUAAAUGUGGAUUUGUGUGGGCUUCGAAAAGAAAAAGAAGAUUUAUUGAAGAAAUUGGAAUCCUCGUCUGAAGUCACAAGUUUGGGAGAAGUUUCCCGAGUAGCCGCUCCACAGAUACAUGUUACAUCACUAGCUUCUUCAAAAAGCAUGGAUUUGGAACUGAAGCAAUUGCAAUGUAAAUUAAAGAAUGCAACUAAUGAACUCACUAAACAGUCAUCAAAUACGAAGUCUCUGAAAUUUGAACUCCUAGCAAAAGAAGAACACAUAAAGGAAAUGCAUGAAAAGAUGUCUCGCAUGGAGAGAGAUAUAACUAUGAAAAGACAUCUGAUAGAGGAUUUGAAAUUUCGACAGAAAGUGAAUUCAGAAAACCAUGAGAGUUAUAGUGAAAUAUUAGAAAAUCUUGAAAAAAAGGUAAAGACAUUAACUGAAGAAUGUUCCAAUAAGAAGAUAUCAAUUGAUUCAUUAAAGCAAAGACUUAAUGUUGCAGUCAAAGAGAAGUCACAGUAUGAACAGAUGUAUCAGAAAACUAAAGAGGAGUUAGAAAAAAAGGAUCUCAAGCUUACUCUCCUAGCAUCAAAAAUAAAUGAGACUGAAUCUGCAAUGGCAGAAAUUGAGACAGCAGCAUCUAAACAGCUGCAGGGAUUAGCACUGCAAAGUGAGCAGGCCCUAGAAGGUGCACAGAAGAAAUUGCUGCUAGCCAAUGAGAAAGUGAAAGAGUUUACCAUAUUUGUGAAGGCUUUGGUCAAAGAGUUACAAAAUGAUGUCCAUGCAAUAAGGCGACAAAUCAGAGAGACUGAAAAAAUGCAGAGAAACAGAAAUACUUCUAAAACCUCAACCCAUAAAGCUCAGACACUGGCAGCUUCGAUCCUGAAUAUUUCACGUUCAGACCUAGAGGAAAUAUUGGACACAGAAGAUGAAAUGGAAAUUGAAAAGACAAAGGUAGAUGCUGAAAAUGAGAAGGAAUGGCUGUUGUACAUUCAGAAACUUCUUGAAGGACAGCUUCCUUUUGCCUCAUAUUUAUUAGAAGCAGUACUGGAGAAAAUAAAUGAACACAGGAAACUAGUUGAAGGCUGUUUCACAAUUGUGAAAGAUAUUUGAUGGUAUUAUAAUGAUCAGCUUUUUUUUCAAAUAUAAAAACUUUAUGUGGUGUGAUUGAAAACAUGGGUUGCAAUUUGGAUACAGUAACUGCUGCAGCUAUCAAUAUUCAGGUUCAAUACCAAAAUAAGAAGUCUCUGACUAAUUAAUUGCUGAACAAGUUUUAAUUAAGUACAUAGCCAUUUAAAAGGAAAUAGUGUAGCAUUUGAUUGUUGAGUACAAAUAUUGCCACAAAUCAAGGCAAACUCAAAACUGAUUUUUCCUUCCAGUAUAUUAGUAAAAAAUAGAACAAGCUUGGCACACUCAACUAGAUCUGAAUAAAAAUAAAAAGAAUGAAAAACAAAUUAUUUAAACGUUUUAAUUUUACAAGAGAACUGGACUUUUUGCAUAAAACUGCUAUAAAUAGCCUUAAAUGAUCCAGUGAGCUACAUAUUUGUAUUGUAAACAAAUAUAAAAUGAUGCAUCAUAAUUUAUGGAUGAGCAUUUAGUGAAAUAAAUUGCAUGGUUCAGUUGUGUCUAUUCUCAUUGAUAUGUUAGCUUUUAUACAAGAUGUUGUAUUUUUUCUCGAGCUAUUUGACAACAAUAAAAAGUUUUCUCCUUUCACAUUUUAAAA